AUGAAGAUGAAGUGGGUGGAUUGGAGUACGCAGCCCUGUUUCACCACAUUGAUCAUUGUGAAUGUUUUGGAGAUCGUCCCAUUUUCCGCGGCGCGCGCCAUCAUGCCUUCAGGAAACCGACGCACUAUGCACAUGAAUCGCUUAGGCAUAUUCCAGGUCUUCAAACUUCUCGCACGACAUAUUUAUCGGUCUGUGCAUGAUCCGUACCGAUGGCUUGAAGACCCCAAUUCCGAAGAAACGAAGGCGUUUGUGGACGCUCAAAAUGCCCUGACUAUGCCCUUUAUUAACUCCUGCCCUGUGAAAAAGGAUAUCCGUGCCAAGAUCGCUACCCUCUGGGACUUUCCGAAGUACCGCUGCCCUUUUAAACGCGGCCCUCGCUACUUUUAUUUCUAUAACAGUGGCUUACAGAAUCAGGACGUGCUUUAUGUUAUGGAUCAGGUGGGCGGUUCAUCAAAGGUGUUCUUCGAUCCAAAUGCCUUGGAUGCCGAGGGUCUUACCGCCCUAAGCACUUACGGAUUUUCAGAGGACGGCGAGUACUUUGCAUAUGGCCUAAGUCACGCCGGCUCCGACUGGGUCGUAAUUAAGGUGAAAAAGGUUUCCACCGGAGAAGAUUUGCCCGACAAAUUAGAACGGGUGAAGUUUAGCGGCAUUAGUUGGACACACGACAACAAGGGUUUCUUCUACGCGAUCCUCUUUAUCGUCCUCUUUCGGCCUAGCAGGAUGCCAAAGACCUAA